GAUUGAAAUAAAGAAAAGUACUGAUGGCUGAUCCUGCAGAAAAGAAUAUGCUUGAAAGAAUCCCAGAUGGUGAUAAUAUCGACAGGUUGAGUGAACUUCCGAACUGUGUUCUGCUUCACAUCCUUUCGCGUUUCAAGACAAAAGAUGCUGCAGCAACCUCAAUUCUGUCCACUAGAUGGAGAGAUCUUUUCGUUUCUCUUCCUGAUGUUCGUCUAAUUUACCGUGUGGAUAGUGAUGCUUCUGGCCGUGAUAAAUUGUUCUCUGAUUUUAUAGAUUUUGCCAAUAGAGUGAUUCGACAGCGAAAUAAGGCUCCAAUUAGAAAGCUUGUAGUCGAUGUGAUGCAUUUUGUUAAAAGUUACCGCCUAGCUUUUGAGUCAUUGUUGAUAUCUGCAGCUGCUGCACUUUCUUCUUGCAAUGUCCAACGACUCAUUAUUUCGGUCCGAAUGGAUAAAACGACUGAGCGAUUUUCUAUACCUAUUCCACCUGGAAUUUUUUCAUCUAAAACUCUGGUUUGUUUAUCAGUAAACUUUGAGGUGGAUUGGAAUGUUCCCGAUUUUGUUUGGUUGCCAAACCUCAAGCGUCUUUACUUAAUUGAAUUCAGAUUGGUGGACGAAGAUUCUAUUCAGAGGCUUCUUCAAGGUUGCCCUUUGCUUGAACAUCUGAUGUUAAAGGUGCAUCAUUUCAGCUAUUGUAGCAAGAGUGAAGAAACCAUUGAAGUUGAAGUUCUUCAUAUCUCGAGCCCCUCGUUGAAAAGUCUGGUGCUCUGUUGGAAUGCAAAAGUUGAAUUAGAGUUCACUGUUGUUGUGAAGUCGGAAAAUCUUGAGUCUUUGGUAUGCUCCCUCCAGGGGCAGCACAAAGUUACCAUAGAUGCCCCAAAUCUGAAGUCCUUGACUGUUGAGGGUCAUGUACUUGAUCUACACAUAAAGCAAAGUCUGGUAUCUAUUGACAAGGCAGUAGUACGAGCUGAAUUUCUGUCAAAUGUGACAAAUCACAGUGACUUAUUUUUACGUAGUCAGCGUGCUUUUAAGUUUCUUAGUGGGUUGGUAAAUGUGAAAUCACUUUAUUUAUCACAGACGAUUCUCCAGGCUCUGUAUUUUUCUCAAGGGGUCUUGCCAAAAUUCAAAUACUUGAACAAAUUGAAGCUCAGUCAUUUUCGUUGCAAUGCAUUUCCUCGCAAUCCUUAUUCUAAAGUGUUGUCAAGCUUGUUUGAAAGUUCCCUCAACCUUGAAGUGCUUAUCAUUGAUGAAGUCCUCAAGGACAGUGAAGACGGGGAACUUGAUUCUGUUUUUCAAGAGGCUCUCUCAUUAGCUUUUGUCGGACAACUUAAGGAAAUAGAAAUCAGAAGUUUUGAGGGUUGGGAACAUGAAUUCAAGCUGAUAGAGUAUUUUUUGAAGAAUGGAAUAUCUUUAAAGAAGAUGACUCUCAUUAGAGACAGUUGGAAGACUGAAUCAGAUGGUUGUCACAGGAUAUUGUCAUCCAAGAAGUGUGCGGAGGAUUGCCAGAUUCUGUUCAUAACGAAACGGGAUGCACUGAAACUCUUCCUGUAA